AUGGCACUGAGUCGUCGUCAUGUAGGAGAUAGUAAGGCUAUUCGAGGCAUGAUAAAGCCCAUGGAGACCGACAUGAGAUAUGGUCGUCGAUGGGUGGUCCGAGGAGAAGACAAGAAGCCAGUUUUAUAUUCCCGUAUUGGAUCGCCUAAUCGAUCACAUAAUAUCUCUCAAAUACCGACUAAGCUGCCUUACACCAAGAGAGCUUAUCAGGAGGUAUACCGGAAGCGGUGGCCACUCUAUCAUAACUGCGACGUACAAUUCUUCUCGGAAUUCGCUGACCGUCCGCACGAAGAAAGGACGCUUAUCGAGACCGCGGCUACUGUGCCCUUCUUUGGGAUGCAUUCGACGUUCUGGCGAUCUCGGAAUAAGACUGCUGCUGCUUGUCCAGGCCCUAGUGGGCUCUCCUUCGUCCCCACCGUGCCAGCAUACUUCAAGUGA